AUGUCUGUUCCUUCCUACCCCCCUCUCGAGGAGCGUCCUCUCAAGGACACCAUCUGCCUCUUCGACGUCGACGGCACACUGACGCCCGCUCGUCUUGACGCCUCCCCCGAAAUCCUCCUCCUCCUCCAGUCCCUCCGCCAAAAGUGCGCCAUCGGCUUCGUCGGCGGCUCCGACCUCGUCAAGCAGGAAGAGCAGCUCGGCAAGCCCGCCGGCGCCCCCGUCACCUCCCUCUUCGACUUCUGCUUCGCCGAGAACGGGCUGACGGCGUACAAGCUCGGCCAGCCGCUCGCCUCCAACAGCUUCAUCCGCUGGAUCGGCGAGGACCGGUACAAGGAGCUCGUCAACUUCUGCCUGCACUACAUCGCCGACCUCGACAUCCCCGUCAAGAGGGGCACCUUUGUCGAGUUCCGCAACGGCAUGA